AUGGCUCCUUCUAGUGCCUACUAUUCUAACAAUAGACGCCGCACCGGCAAGGGCAAGGGGGGCAAGGGGGGCAAGGGCUCUGGAGGGGCUGGCGGGGGCGGUGGAGGUGGUGGUGGUGGCAGUGGAGGGGGUGGGGGUGGUGGUGGGAGUGGUGGCGAGAGUGGAGGUGUCGGUGGCAGCAGUGGAGGCAGAGGAGGCGGCGGCGGUGGCGGAGGGAGCGGAGGCGGCAGAGGUGGCGGAGGCGGCGUAGGUGGCGGAGGUGGCGGCAGCAGCGGUGGAGCUGGUCGCGGCUCUGCGCAGAGGAGUGGUUCCGGUGGUGGUCUGCGCCAGCAGCAGCAGCGCACUCGUGAGACCCCGUCCCCCCAGCAGCUUCGUGAAUGGUACGCUGAGCGUCAGCGAGGUGGGGGUACUGGUCCCUGCACCUACGUCCUCCGUACCGGCGACCGCGCUGGUGAGCAGUGCGGUGGCCCGCACUCCACCCAGCGCUGCUUCGGCCGCCUGACGGACGCGUGGCGUUACCAGUUCCCUGACGCCACUGAGACCCCUCGCUGGGGAGAGCUGUCUAGGGCAGGGGUUGCUAUCUUUGAUCUUGAUUAUGAUGCUAUUCUUGCUGCCAUGUAUGCUGUGUCUAUUAGUGAUGAGGGUGACUGUAACGUGUGUGUUCCGCCUGACCCGGGCAUUGAGGCUGCUGCUCUAGGUGCUGGUGAGGCUGUUGCUCUAGGUGCUAGUGCGUCUGCUACCCGACGUGUUGGUGAGUCUGCUCUCUCAGGUACCACGUCGGCUCAGGCCUUACACACCUUCACCCUUGACUCGGGUGCUUCCCGCUCCUUCUUUCGAGACCGCACCACGCUUACGCCGCUUAGUCGGCUGGUUGCGGUCUCCCUGGCGGACCCCUCUAGGGGACCUGUCCUUGCUCGCUUCUCCACUGUCUUACCGUGUCCGGCAGCCCCCUCUAGCACCCUGUCAGGUCUCUACCUCCCCUCGUUCUCUACGAACUUGGUGUGUCCCAGGUAG